AACGAGUUAAACGUCAAAAUAUUUCAAUAUCGCAUCGCAUUUUCAUUGGAAAAAUUCGCGAGUUAAUCUAAUGUUGAAUUUUGGCAAAAAUUGGUGAUAAAAAAUCCACAGCAAUGGCUCACGGCGAAGCGACGAACAAUCUGUAUUUCUACGAGGACGAAGUGUACCGCAUCGAUGCACGGGGGCGCGUCAAAUUUGGCCUAAUCAUGGAGAACUUCGAGGGGAAUCCUUCUGAUUCGGAGGACUUUACCCUCAAUAAGGGCGAGGUGCGAAUUAUCUGGCAUCCCGAUGGCAAGGAGCAGAUCCUCAAUGAGAGUCAGGUUGGCCUAGCGGAUAGGACACUGAUGCCGGGUGAUGUGGUACGACGGCUGGUUCCGGGUAAAGACACGCAGCAUGGGUACUGUCAGGAAAUCUCCGUCCGGGCGGAUGUAAAGGUUGUGGGCACGCGGUUUGUCGUGAAGAACGUGAAUGCCGAACGACUUAGACCUCUGGUCACGGUAUUUCGUGACAAUGCUGUGUGUCUGGACUCGUGGGUCGGCAGCACAAAGUCCGUCAAUGAGAAACUCGUGCUCAGCUCAACGUGCGGUUCGGUGCUGGAAUUACGUCCGGAAGCUGAAUACUGCCCGCUGAAGGAUACGGAGAGUAAGACACGCAAUGGGCUCUUCUCGACAACCCUCUUCUACCCGGGGCAGAUACUUUCGGGGCCCGUGAGUGCCCUGGAUAAUGCCAAAUGGCUCGUAACGUCACACGAGAUGCGCACAAGUAGGAAGCACAAGACGUGCGAUCGGAAGUUCAUCGUGCAGUCCGUGGAGGUGGAGGGAGUGUGGGUUAAUUGGCAAUGCAAGGCACUUAGUGAGGAGAAUGGUGUGAGUGGGAUUCAGCAGCCAAAGCGCUACGUCACGGGAGACGAUCUCAAGCGCCUGAAGCGGCUGAAUCUCUUUGAAUCGUGCAUGCUGCAGAUAAAUGAUAAGAGUCACCUGAAGAUCAUGGAGGGGGAGGCAAUUGUGCGGAAGUCGCAGUGGAAGCGGGAGCAGAGUAACAAAUACAAGAUAAUCCAGUACCAGCAGCGCCGGGAGGAUGGGCGCGUGGCGAAGAAGGAAACAUGUGAUACCGUUAAGCUAACUACAACCGAAUGUGAUUUAGAUAAUACGACAAACACCGUUAUUGAAUGUGAUAGGAGCAAGCUGUGCCCGGAGGUGGAUGGGCGUGCCAUGGGUGCCGCGAAGGAGAGAAACAAUGAGACUGCCAACAAUGUGCCACAGCCCGAUGAGUGGCAGACAGACAACGAAGGGACGGACUCGCAUUCGGACAGUGAGAGUCAGACCACAAUCAGUUCGUGCUCCAGCAAUACGCCCAAGGGCAGCCCCAAGCGUUCCCCGCUGCUUGCGAAGAAGUUCAAGCGCUUGCGGAAGAGACGUACGCCGUCUGUGGCGGAAGGGCAGGCACCGCAGCCAGGGCAGGAUCGUGUCACGGAGGCACUGGUUGUGUACAGCACAGUCACAGUGGUGUGGCAGGAUGGUACCAUCGAGAGUGGCAUCCCGUCCACGCAGCUCUAUCCCAUUCACUACCUCGACGAUCACGAAUUCUUUCCCGGGGAUUUUGUGCUGUCCGGCAAUGAGAAUGACGAAAUCUCACGCCGGGACUACGGGGUCAUCCAGACGGUGGAUCACUUUGGACGCACAGCCAGGGUUAAGUGGUUCCGUACGUACACCUGUGUGGAGGAGCCAACACCUAAAUACUGCGGAGUCUCUGAGGUGAGUGUGUACGACCUGAAGGAUCAUCCGGACUUCCAGUAUCGUCCGGGAACAAUUGUAAUUCGUGUGGCGAAUUUUGUGGGUGAGGAUGCCACCUGUACAGCUGGUCAGGUGAUUGAUAACUACCCGGAGGGGCGUGUGAAGGUGUGGUGGGUGGAUGGGCAUCAUAGUAUGUGCUGGCCGCAGGAUCUCUUCGAGGUGGGCCAAUACGAGACGGAUGGCACGUUCUGGGACAACGAUGACUCGGAGAAUUCGUGGGAGACGGAGAGUGAGGUGAGUGAGCUGGGUGGGUCACCGAUGAAUACGAAGCCCCAUCUCGUUCACAAUCUCGAACGUGCCCGGAUUGCAAUGGCGCGCCUUGAGGAGCUCUUCAACAUGAACCCCUCGCUGCAGAAUCAAACGGUCAUGCGGACCCUCUUGGGGGUGUACAAGAAAUGCCGCUACCUGGACAGACUCAUGAAGACCAACUUCUUCCACGAGAACAACUUUAUGGGAUUGCUGGAGAGAGUGCGGCGUGGCAGUUCAACUGCGGAGCGUGUGCAGGAUCAGAUGAACAGACUCUUCACUCCCUCUUCACCGCCCAAGACUACAAUUGGGGGGAAUGUUGAUCUUCUGAGUCCUCCGCCGCGGGAUGAGUUGCCGCAAGUGGCUCAAGUUGGCAAGAAGAAUUCCCUGCAGGCGACAAAGUCUCAAUCGCACAGCCACGAUGACUGCAGCAGCUUCAGUUCGGGCAGUUGUCAAUCAACAGAUCCGAAGAGUAAAUCAACAUCAUCGGGGGGUGAAAGGGGCGGAGCCUUUUGCUCGCCCAUGAAGAGCGCCAGUCACAAUUCGUCAUCAUCGGAGAAUUGGGGUGACAAUGACUACCACACCAAACUCAUCUCGUGCGUUGUCACAAACAUCGAUCUCGCCACGCAGGAGCCCAAAUUGUCUGCAAGUCACAGCGGAAGAUCCCAACUGGAUGACUCCGGGCACUUUUCGCGGAAUGGAGAGGGCGCUGAGGGGGGAAGCUCCAUCGAUACGUGCGUCAGUUCAUCGAAUGAUCUCACCCUCUCCGUCAAUGGCUUCUUGCGGACGGAUGAUGAUCUCAAAUCUCAAUCGUGCGCCAGUAUUGAGCUCGUCGAUGAAGUUCCGGAAUUUGUUUGCGCCAAGCUGUGUGCUCUCAUUAAGGCUCAGCUCGUUAUUGCUCUGCAGGAGAUUAACAAUCGCUUCAGUCAGCCGGCAAAUGGGCUGAAUGAGGUGAUCAUUGAGGAAUGUGAUAUGUGCAUUCCCGGAAGUGAUUUCGUACCCAAUGAUGCGCCCCUCGAUGAGGCCAUUGAAGCUCUCCCGGAAGCUUCGUGUGAUCCCAACACACAGGCAAUGGAUGCUGAUUGUGCAUCAUCAAUUACCACAGAUCCGGUGCCUUCUGAUUGUUUCGUCGUCUUGGACACAGCACCAAAUACGCACAAGUACCAUCUAACUAUUUUCCAUCCCACGAAUCCUAAGGCAUUCUUUCGUGCCGUUCAGAGGGAGCACAAACUCCUACGAACUGCCCUUCCUGCUGGUGUUUGGGUCAGAGCCUUUGAAGAUCGCGUGGAUCUCUUUAGUGUUAUGAUUGAGGGACCCAAGAAUACUCCAUACGAAGGUGGGAUGUUUCUCUUUGACAUUCAAUUGAGUGAUGAUUAUCCCGCAAUGCCACCACUCUGCUACUACAUCAGCUACUGCUCGGAUCGUCUCAAUCCGAAUCUCUACGAAGACGGGAAGGUUUGUGUCUCACUCCUGGGCACGUGGUCGGGACGUGGUUCGGAAAUUUGGGGUCCCGAUAGUUCCCUUCUGCAAGUUAUUGUGUCAAUUCAGGGAUUAAUCCUCGUGGCUGAGCCUUACUACAAUGAAGCUGGGUAUGAGAAGCAGAAGGGUACACAGCAGGGCAUGGAAAAUUCGCGAAUGUACAAUGAAAUGGCCGUAAUUAAGCUUGUGCAGUCCAUGACAAAAUUAAUGUGUUCACCGCCAGACAUUUUUAAAGAGCAAAUUGUGCGGCAUUUUGAAGAAAAAGGUUUCUCCAUGUAUGAAAGGAUCAAAAAUUGGCUCGACUUGUCAAUGGAAAUUGAAGAAGAAUCAACGCCAAAAGUUGGUAGUUUAAAAGCUUUGAAAAAUUAGAGCUUUAAACAAAUCCUAAUGCUGUGAAUAUUUUCUCUUUUGACCAUUCCUCCUCACCCCAAAACAUCAACAACAACAAACAACAACAACAUUAAACAUAAAUUAGAUUCAACAAUGUUGGAUGUAGCCAAACCUGAUUUCCCACUAAUUCCGGCAAGUCGUGGCUUUUGUCUCACGCUAGUUAAUCUACUUGAGAGUUUUCGGAAGAAAUUAGAAACAAUACGUGAACAUUAACACACUUUUGGUCCAUUUGAACCCACCUUUUUAUUUAUUAUUAAAAGAAAAAAAAAUUCAAUGAAAAAAUAAAACAGAUAGUUGAUAAUGCAAGAAAAAUUAUAUUUCUAUAAAAAAAAAUUAUUAAAAAAUAAAUAAAUAAAAUCACUCCUUUUUGGCAUUCCACGAUGAAUUGCGCUCAUCAUAAGCUUCCCUCCAGAGAACACAUUUGUGCGAAGAAAUUGCAAAGAAUUUAGAAGAAAAUAUGCAAUACAAUUUAGUGAGAGAGAGAGAAAAAAAAUUAAAAUUCGUUCUGAAAAAUUUUUAAAUUAGAUAUUAAAUAAUUAUUGAAAAAGAUAAAACUUGUUGAAAAUAUGAAUAACUAUGAAAAGAAAAUUAAAAAGAAAUUCUUAUUGCCGUCCCAAAAGAUUUAUCCUUCAAUGCAUCCUUGUUGUAAAAUUGCAUUACUCAUUUUGCAUUUCAUUUCAUUCUUAAGAGAAUUUUGCUGUUUUUUUUUAAAUGUAAAUAUGUUGAAUAAUUCAUUUUCCUUUUAAAAUAAGCAUUAAAAACAAAAAAAAUGAGAAUUUCAAAUUUAAAGUUGAAAAUUCUUCUACUUUUAUGUAGAAAACGGAAAAAUGAAUUAAGUUAACUGCUAUCAGCGACUGAAUUUAGUAUUUUUUUUAAUCUAAUUAUUAAGUUAUAUUCCUAAGUUACAUAUAUGCAGGUUUUAUAUUAAAAAAAUAGCACAAAGCUCAUAAAUUUUCUAUAAAGAAAAAUAAAAAUAAAAAUUAAUCCUAAUCUCUACAUAGAAGAAAAAAAAAACGCUUUCAGAGGCAAAAAAUAACUCAAAGAAUAAAAAACUUAAAAAUAGAUCAUUAUUUUAUUGUUAAAUAGAUUUUAGUGAGAGAGAAGAAAUCAUCCUAGAAUAAAAAUAUUUAAAAGGAAAUAAAAUAGAAUUCAAGCGAUAAAUUCAUUCUCUUUGCAUGUACUUAAAGAAGGUUUAUUUUUUCUAUUUAAAAUAAAGAAUUGUCUUAAUUUUUAAAUUAAAUGUCUCUAUUGAAAUCACGCGAAGCAAAUGAAAAAAAAUCAGAUAUUUAAUCAAAUGCGGUGCCUCAUGAAAUAAAUAAUUAAAAAAUCAUAUAAUUAGAGAAAAGAAUAAAAACAGAGAGAGAGAGAAAAGUGCUCCAAAAAUAGAAAGAUGAAACGAAAAAGAAAGAUUUGGAGCUAUAAAUAGAGCAAGAAAAUAAUAAUGAAGAAGAAAAAUAAUUUUAAAAAAUAUCGUGCUACAAUAUUUACAAAG